AUGAGUGCGGCGGCGCGGUGCCGCCGCCUGAUGGCGCCGGCUCAGCUGGCUAUUGGCAGGUGCCGCUGGAGUUCUGGUGCUGCGGCGGCCGAGCUGCCCAGCCUCAAGGCGGCCCUGCGGGCUGUCUACAGGCAGGUGCACCCCGACCUAUUCCACGACCAUCAGGCAGCCAAGGAGGCCAACACCAAGAGCUUCAAGAUGCUGCACGAGUACCUGGACGCCGCACGCACCGGGUCCAAGGUACCGCUGCCGUACCGCUUCCAUUUCUACGUGCGCGGCAGCACCGGCGCGGCUGCGGCUGCGGCUGGGCAAUACCAGCUGGCGGCCCCAGCUGCCGCCGUCGCAGCAGAGGCUGCAGCGCCAGGGACCGCACCCGGCUCGGCGCCAGCAGGGCUGCGGGAGGUGGUGCUGACGCUGCCGCCGCCCACGCGGGGCGCCCCGGGGGAGGCCAUGAGCGGCUCCACACGCAAGGCCUUUGGCAGCCUGCUGGCCGCGCUGGGCCUGCCCAGCCGCUUUGGCGGCGCGGGUGGCGAGGAGGAGGAUGCGGGGCGGGAGCACAGCCGCUUUGUCAGCCUGCGCGACUUCCUGCCGCGGGCUGUGGAGGCGGUGCACCAGAACGCGGCGGCGCAGAGCAGCGCGCAGCACCAGCUGGCCGCUCUUCGCACCGCGCUGCGGCUGGGGCGCGGCGUCACGGCCGGGUUUGGAGGCCCCGCCGCGUCUGCGGGCGUGCUGGCGCAGCUGCCGCUGCUGCAGCGCUUGGUGGGCGCCCUGGACAGCCUGCCGCCCUCCCUGGACCUCUCUGGGCUCAGGCUGAUGGUGGGGCAGGCCAGCGGGGUGGAUGCGCUGGGCACGGUCUGGCUGGCGGCGGGCGACAGCCAGGCGGCGUGGGCCAGGCACCUGGGCGGCGUGGAUGCGGGGCACUGCCGGCGGCGGCAGCAGCUGCUGGCUCAGGUGAAAGCGCAGGAGGCGGCGGUGGCGGCCGCGCUGGGCCUAGCCAUGGUGUACCCGCAGCUGGCAGAGGCCCGCCUAGCGCCUGAGUACAGGCAUGCUCUGGAGCGGCUGGCAGCUGCAGCGGCAGCACGCGGCCCAGCAGGCGGCGGCCGCUUCCGGGAGCUGCCCCUCAUGCUCGCCCCUCAUGCGGUGUCGGCAGCCGGAGAGGGCGGCGCCGCGGCGGCAGGUUCCAGCAGCGGCGGCGGCAGCAGCGGAGGAGGCCAGGCUGCGAGCGGCGGCGGAGGCGGCGAGCUGGGCGGCUGUGCGGCAGACGGCGCUGCGGGGCUGCUGGUGGCGCCGCUGGGUGUGACCGGGGACCAGCUGUAUUCGGCGGUGCAGCAGCUGGGGGGGCAGGUGCUGUCGGCCGCGGCGGCGGCGCGGCGGCGGCAGCAGGAGCUGGAGGCACUACGGAAGCAGGUGGAGCGCAAGGUCAUGCUGAGGUGGGGGCGGCUGCUGCGGGACCCCGCGGUGGCGGACAGCCGGUACCGCAGCUGCAUGGACCGCAUGCUCGCCCACGCGCAGAAGCUGUCGGGCCUGCUGCACGGCCAGGCGGUGCGGGUGGCCGACAUCAACGCGCUGUCGCCCGAUAAGUCGGUCAUCGACAUCGCCUGGGACUGGCGGAUGUGA